GCUGUCAAACAUCAUACAUCACUAGCGUUACACACACACACUGAAAAGAUGUACAGGAGGAUAAUAGUUUCAUUAAUUAAUACAACAAGUGACAACUGUAUCACCAAACAUUGGAGAGCUCAGAACAUGUCGCUUUGUUUAUGUUGACACUAGCUUUUGUUUUUGUUUUCUUACUCCUGAUCGUCUUUUUGUUUUAUACGUGUACAAGAUCCGUGUUAGUGUAUAUUGACAUAACCUAACCUAACGUAACCUAAUCUUGUUUGUGUUGUGUUUACAGAAGACAGGAGAGGCGACUUAACGUUUUGUUUAUAAUUGUUACGAAUACAAACAAUAAACUCCCUUCCAGUGAGACCACCAAACAACACCACGUCCUGAUGAAGUCUUAACUAGCAGUCUUAACUAGCUGUGCUAUUUAUGAUAUAAUACUCACUAGUUGAAAGAUUAUCCGAGAGUUCUCAGAAAAAAAGGCCCUUCAAGCACUACCACCACCACAACAACCAGCACUACCCCCGUUUACUGUUACACCACCAUUGCCAACGUCACCGUCACCACCAUUGCCACCAUCACUACCAACGUCACCAUCACUACCAACGUCACCAUCACUAUCAACGUCACCAUUUCCUACAUCUGCCUUCCGCUCUUAACGCCAGGAUGCGCUCUCCAGACAGAGACAAUCAGAGCGGGCAAGCUAGGCUGACGGUCAUCGGGAGCAAGGCAGUCGGCAAGACGGCUCUCACAGUAAGGUACCUGACCAAGAGGUUCAUCGGGGAGUACCAGUCUGAUACAGACAUGAUCUACCGCGCCACCAUGCCAGUAGAUGGCUCUAAGAUCGCGCUAGAGAUUCUCGACUUGUCUUCCAACCUGGAUGAGGUGGUGGUGCCGCGGGAGACAGUGGCGUGGGCAGAGGCGUGGCUGGUGGUGUACAGUAUCACGUCCUGGGAGUCGUUCCGUGUGGGCGUGAGGGCGGUGGAGGCGGUGACGGCGGCGUGUGGAGCAGACCAACCCAACCCACCUGUACUUAUCAUGGCCAACAAGAAAGACCUGGAGCAUAUACGACAGGUUCCAGAGUCAGAGGGGAGGAAGCUGGCAGAGCAGUACGGGUGUCGCUUUGUGGAGGUGUCUGCCGCCGAGAUGGUAUCACAGGUGAACGAGUCCAUUGACGGAUUACUACGUCAAGUGUCUCAACUCAAGGGUCAGACGUCACCGCGCUUACGCAAAUUGAGCGUCUCUAAGAUGUUCAACCAGCUAAUGAAUCUGAGCAGCGGAGGCGGUGGCCACCAGGACCACCGUCCCGUCAUGCCACGGGUCUCUCUCAGGGACCGAACCAGGAAGAGAGGUCACAUUCGCCAAAGCUGAGACCAUCUUGAGGUCCAGAGAUGGAUCACUGCAACUGUGUUAGUGUAGUGUAAUGUAGCCUACGGCUGCGGACUCUACACCCCAAGAUUUUCUAGGGUAACAAUUUUAUAUUUUGACUUGUGUCGAAAUAUGUCAGGUAGAGCCUGAUGAAAGAUUUUUAAACAGUUUACUCCAGACCUGAGACAAGUAUUACCUGAGAUGUAACUGUAAAUGGGUUUCUCAAUGAGUAAGUAAGCAGCGUCCCGUGAUCCAUAAAACAAAUUUUGGAUUGAUCAAACCAAGGCUAUGGGGUAUGCCAUCUGGUCACGACGUAAGCCAUUCUGUUAGGCAUUUCCUAGUCUUGAACGACAGGGGUCACUGGAGGCAGUGGUGGCUGUGUUGAUCACUGUUACUAUGUAGGGUCUGAGUGAGCGAGUCUCUACAGGUCUCCGGUGAGCCAAUUGAAAAAAGGAAAAUAUUUUUUUUUAUAGAAACACUUGUAUCUUUGAAAAAGUACAUGAAAUGUUUGUCUGUUUCCCUGAAGAUUUGUCUGGAUGUUGCAUGACGCUUGUUUCAUCUCAUAACUUUAUGUCUACAGCCUCUAGCUCUUACUGGAUAUUCAGAUAUUUAUGAAUAUUUUUUUUUGCUGGAGACAAAUGAGUGAAUACGUAUAAUGUCUGAAGAGGAUUUGAAUUUUAUGGACAACCAGAUGGAGAGAGUACCGUUCUUCACACCAACAAGGCUUAAAUGAAACUGAAUGAUUUUCUGUAAGUGUCCCUGACUUGAAAACUUUACUGAUUAUUUCUUUUAACUGACCUAUUCUCGCAUUGGUGAUGAACAGACGACAGAAUGUGCCGUUACUUUUUUUUAAGGAAAUGUUUCAUGUUUCCAAGAACAGUACAGUGUUGUAUGCAUUUUAUCGAAUAUCUUGGAUACUGGAGAUUUUUUGGAGUGGAUGAAUCUGAAAGUUACUUUUUAGAAUAAUUACGAGUUUAUGGCUCGUUAUCAUGACUGAUCUUACACAUAAUGACUUAUGUUUACAUAUCCUCAGAUGAGUACAGUAUACAAUGACAUUCAAAGUGCAAAUUGCAUUUUUAUUAGUUUAUAAAGCCUUUUUUUAUAUGCUGUACAGUAUUGUAGCUUAAAAUGCAUCUUUUUGCUAAUUUAAUAUUAUUUUGAUUAUAUGUUGCAAAGUUUAUGAAGUACAAUACUGUAUUAGCAAACGAUUUGGGAAUGCCUCUCACAUCAGACUUGGUAUUGUUUGUGUGUUGAUGACAGAAGUUGCCAAAGUGAUGUUGGCUGCUGCAAUAAAUCUGUUUUGGACUGAUGGCCUUUAGUGUAGUAAGCUGGUCCACAGCAUUAAUGAAAGAUCUAAGGCAGAUAAAGACUUCCCCAUAGCCAAAUUUAAAUACCUGUACAUUAUGAGCAAAACAGAAAUCAAAGGGCGACUUUCCCUUUAAAUAUAAAAAUAAAAACAUGCUCAACAUUUGUAUCUGUGGUGGAUUACUGUUACAUCAAUAAGCUGGAUGUCAUAUGAACGGUGUUGAAGUCGAGGAUCACUUUUGAACACUUAUUACCUAUAAUAGAAGUGAAUAAUUACAAUACAGCAUAUCCCUUUAGGUAUGCAAAAAAAAAUAAAUAAAUAAAAAAUGCAUAAGAACAUCUUAAACACU